AACUGGUGGGUGACCUGUGACGCGAAACUAGCUCUCUUAUUGGAGCGCUUGGAGUCGGGAGAGUGAAAGAGAGAGAGAGAGAGAGGAGAGAGGGGGGUUCAUUUGUUGCCAUAGUGAAAAAGUAGAUUAACCACCGCCAGCAUGAUGCUCUGAUGGACGUGUGAGGGAUGCUGUGUUUCUCCAAAUCGCUCCACCUGUCCUGCACGCAAAGGUGGCACAAGGGCAGCGAUCGCAUCAGCGGCACGGAUGGUCCCUCUGUGAAAUAAGAAGCAGAGAAAGACAUCAUUCCCAAAUAUCAUAAAGAAAUUGGAAUUACUCUUACAAUGGCCUGGAGAAGGCUUCUGGAAACAAGAAGUCACCUGAGACACUAACCUGAAGAGCUGCUUCUGCCCUGCUACCGUCCAGGACCAUGUUUUGGUGGCUGCUUCUCCUGUCCGCUUGGGUCUGCCCUGAUCCAACAUGUGCUGCUCAGUCCAAUGAGCGGCGCGUUGUAGCCCACAUUCCUGGCGACAUUAUCAUUGGAGCGCUGUUCUCGGUGCAUCACCAGCCUCCGGCGGACAAGGUGCAUGAGCGCAAAUGUGGUGCGGUGCGAGAGCAGUACGGCAUCCAGCGGGUGGAGGCCAUGAUGCACACGCUCGAUCGCAUCAAUGCAGACCCCAACAUCCUCCCCAACAUCUCUUUGGGUUGUGAGAUCCGGGACUCCUGCUGGCACUCGGCGGUAGCUCUGGAGCAGAGCAUCGAAUUCAUCCGGGAUUCGCUGGUCUCCUCGGACGAAGCGGAGGAGUGGGGUGGAGGAGGAGCAUGGGGCGGUGGCGGUGGGGGAGGUGGUGGCGCAACCAUGAAGUGUUCUGACCCGUCUGCAACUCCGAUGCGAGGAAAGAAACCCAUCGUGGGUCUAAUUGGGCCGGGAUCAAGUUCUGUGGCCAUCCAGGUCCAGAACCUUCUGCAGCUGUUCAACAUACCACAGAUUGCCUACUCUGCCACCAGUAUGGACCUCAGUGACAAGAGCCUUUACAAGUAUUUCAUGCGGGUGGUGCCUUCAGAUGCGCAACAAGCGAGAGCAAUGGUUGACAUUGUGAAGAGGUACAACUGGAGCUACGUGUCUGCCAUACACACCGAAGGCAACUAUGGCGAAAGUGGGAUGGAGGCAUUCAAAGAUAUGGCAGCCAAGGAGGGAAUCUGCAUUGCACACUCGGGCAAAAUCUGGAGCAACGCUGGAGAACAGAGCUUCGACAGACUGCUGGAGAGACUCAGGGCUCAUCUGCCCAAAGCCAGAGUGGUGGCCUGUUUCUGCGAGGGCAUGACUGUUCGAAAUAUACUGAUGGCAAUGAGGCGGCAGGGACUUGUUGGGGAGUUCCUUCUCAUCGGCAGUGAUGGCUGGGCGGACCGCUACGACGUGACGGACGGCUACGUGAGAGAAGCCGCCGGAGGCAUAACCAUCAAACUCCAGUCAGCUGAUGUCAAGUGGUUCGAUGACUACUACCUUAAACUUCGUCCCGAGAACAACCACAGGAACCCCUGGUUCACCGAGUUCUGGCAGCAUCGCUUCCACUGCCGUUUAAAGGGAUACCCGCAAGAGAGCAACAAGUACAAUCGCACCUGUGGCAAGAGAGAGUCUCUUCGACAGCAGUAUGCACAGGACACUAAGAUGGGCUUUGUCAUCAAUGCUAUCUACUCAAUGGCAUAUGGGCUCCACAACAUGCAGCGCUCGCUGUGCCCUGGCUAUCAGGGUCUGUGUGAUGCCAUGAGACCUAUAGAUGGCGCUACUCUGCUGGACUUCUUAAUGAAAACCAACUUUACUGGAGUCUCAGGAGAGGGAAUCCUGUUUGAUGAGAACGGAGACUCACCGGGAAGGUAUGAGAUCAUGAAUUUCAAGAAGAUGGGAAAGGACUACUAUGACUACAUUAACGUUGGCAGCUGGGACAACAGUGGCCUGAAGAUCGACGAUGAUGAAAUCUGGCCCAACAAAGAGGCUUUUAUCAAAUCUGUUUGCAGUGAACCAUGUGACAAAGGACAGAUCAAGGUGAUCCGGAAAGGCGAGGUGAGCUGCUGCUGGACGUGCACUCCAUGUAAAGAGAACGAGUUUGUGUUCGACGAGUACACCUGUCGCGCCUGCGAGUUGGGUUCCUGGCCAACUGAUGACCUCACAGGCUGUGAUCCAAUCCCAGUGGAGUAUUUGCGGUGGGGCGAUCCAGAGCCCAUUGCUGCUGUGGUUUUUGCCUGUCUCGGCUUAAUGGCUACAUUUUUUGUCACAGCGGUUUUCAUCAGGUUCCGGGACACUCCUGUGGUGAAGUCCUCCAGUAGGGAGCUCUGCUACAUUAUACUGGCAGGCAUCUGUCUCGGGUACUUGUGCACGUUCAGCCUGAUCGCCAAACCUCACGUCAUCCACUGCUACCUUCAACGGCUGGGGAUUGGUCUGUCGCCUGCCAUGAGCUACUCAGCGCUUGUCACCAAAACCAAUCGUAUCGCUCGGAUCCUGGCUGGCAGCAAGAAGAAGAUCUGCACCAAGAAACCUCGAUUCAUGUCAGCCUGCGCUCAACUCAUCAUUGCCUUCCUGCUCAUCCUGUUGCAGCUGGGAAUCAUCGUGGCUUUGUUUCUCAUGGAGGCCCCUGCGGUGAUCAAUGACUACCCCAGCAUCCGCCAGGUCAACCUCAUCUGCAACACCACUAACCUGGGCGUGGUCGCUCCCCUGGGGUACAACGGCCUGCUCAUUCUGAGCUGCACCUUUUAUGCCUUCAAGACUCGCAACGUUCCUGCUAAUUUCAAUGAGGCAAAGUACAUUGCCUUCACGAUGUACACCACCUGCAUCAUCUGGCUGGCCUUCGUCCCAAUCUACUUUGGCUCCAACUACAAAAUCAUCACCAUGUGCUUCAGUGUCAGCCUCAGCGCCACUGUGGCGCUCUGCUGCAUGUUCGUACCCAAGGUCUACAUUAUUUUGGCCAAACCUGAGCGCAACGUGCGAAGUGCCUUCACCACGAGCACAGUGGUGCGCAUGCAUGUCGGUGACGGCAAAUCUUCCUCCGCUGCCAGCCGCUCCUCCAGUCUGGUAAACCUGUGGAAGCGUAGAGGCUCAACUGGAGAGACCCUCAGCUCAAAUGGGAAGUCGGUGUCCUGGGCCCAGACGGAGCGCACAGGCUCUCGGGGGAGUCACCUGUGGCAGAGGCUCUCCUUCCACAUCAAGAAGAAGGAGAACAACCAGACGGCUGUCAUCAAGCCCUUCUCCAAAACCUCAGAGGAACGCUACAGCGGGGGAUCGGACCUCCCCCCGCACAUGCCUCUGCCCUCUCUGCCCUCCAUGUCCUCUCUGCCCUCUCACGCUGACGGCGGCGCUGACAAGACCCUGUAUGACCUCUCUGAGGCGGAGGAGCAGUACUCCAUCACGUACAGGCCUCAGACGCCCUCCCCUAUCAACACGGUGAGUCAGAGGCUUGGAGCGGGGUUCGUGGAGGAGUCCCAGAUGAGCGGAGCCCCCAAGUAUCCCAGCAGCACUUGCAGCGGCGGGAGCGGCAGCAGCGGAGGACCCACCAGCAGCAGCUCGGGCGUGACGGCGAUCGACGGUCGCUUGAUCGUGGUGGACGAACACGCCAGUGGGCCUCAGAGCUCACUCAUGGACCAGAUCAGCUGUGUGGUGAACCGCUUCACUGCCAACAUCACUGAGCUCAACAGCAUGAUGCUCCUCAACUCUCCCUCACACAAGCACGCCUCUCCUUCUCAGCACCCGACUGACCCCUAUCUGUUACCACGCGAACUGCAGGGCCACCAGACCCUCACCACUUACGCCGACGUCCAGCCUCACAGCGUCGCUGAGUCAAGUUUAGGCGCUCGGGGUGGCUGUCCCAUUCACUCCUUCCCGCCUCACCAGUCUCCAUACCCCCUGCCCCCGCCUCACCCGCAGUCAUCCACGUCCCUCUCCCCAAUGAGAGGAGGCCAGGUCACCUGUCUGGACUCUCCACUGAGGCGGGUGGAGAUGGAGGAAGAGCUGAUUGCUCUGACGCCCCCGUCACCCUUCCGUGACUCUUUGGCAUCCGGCAGCAGUUCCCCCGUCUCCGAGACAGAACUGUGUCUUCCGCCGGUGCCCUCCCACCCUCCCCCGUCCCCUCCUUCACCGAGGUACAGCAGACUGAUUCUCAGAAACUACAGCCAGAGCUCAUCCUCACUGUGAGGCAGCGGUGCCGAGUUAAGAGCGGGAACGCUCCAAAACGUCACACGUCCCUACGAGAAGAGGCGACGGAAACAAUAGGAUCCAGAGUCAAAAACGGAGGAAGUUUGUGAAGACACCAAACAGCAACAGGAAGCUGUCAUUGUGUUUACAUGUCUGCGGUGGAGGCCUUGCUCACGUCGUAAUGUCAUAGUUUCGCCCUCUACAGGUAAGAAGAGAGAGCUGCAAAAAUGGCCACCACGCCUGUCGUGAAGCCAGGAACUGCCGUUGAACUCUUUUAGAUGGUUAGUGGCCUUAACAUAACAUGGCUGUCAACUAAUUAGAGAUUGUAGGCACGUGCUGUGUGUGCUUGAGAGAGUGUGUGCACUGGAGUGCGUUGUUGCUGUCGGUGCAGAGCAGUAAAGCCAAUGAAGUGGUGGAAUUGGAGCAGCUCUGAAGAACUGAACGUUUCCCGCUCAUAGCCACAAAACACACACACACACACACACCAAUAUAUAUAUAUAUACAUAUAUAUAUAUAUAUAUAUGUGUAAAAGGGAAAAACUGUGUAUAUAAAGAGGGGAGUUUUUCUCCUCGGUAAAACUCUUCUGACAACGGUGCAGUUUGUCAACAAAGCAGAGAGAAGAAAGCCGUCUCUGUGUUUGCUUUCCUCUCGCUUGUUUUUAGCCCUUUCAUUUUCUACUCUUCCAUGAUGUUUUGGUUUUAAAUAGGGUUGAAUGUAUACAUAUAUAUAUUUUGCUUAUGGAAGCGUUUGGGACCAAACCACGAUACCUCUCUAUUUAUGACUUGGGAAUGAGGGAAAGUAGAUUCUAGUACAGUUCCUUCAGUUCGCCACAGUCUAAAGCAAGACCAGGUUUCUUUCGAUCCAUCCAGAGGCUACACGCUCGACCUCUUAGGGUGCUUUCACACAGACUCACCAUUUUGCUGAUGGAUUUAAUGCAGACGUGAAACUGACCUUUUAAAUGUAAACCGACUACCGACAUGAACGUCACAUUAACACUAGAUUCAUGUCAGGCAUAGUAGCAUCUGACGUGCUUUUGUCGUGUUCCUCUGUCAAGGGUCAAUUUGGAUGGCCGGGUGUGUGCUCCCCCAAAACCGUCUGAAACAGACUUUGAAUAAGAUUUUCAAUGAAACAUUGUUAUGAGAAUUAUAACCUAGCAUGAGUGGUGUGAGGGCGUGGCCAGCUAGCCUAGCGUUUGUUGCUAUUUUUAGCACACACCUUGCUGAUUUACUUCAGUACAUUGGACACAUUUGUUUAUCUGAGCAAAACAAACCAAUAUGAAUUUUUGAAUAUAGCAUUUGCAACACAAUCACAAAGAUUAGUGCCUUCUUAAAUAUGUUUAAAUAAUAACAGUAACAGAUCAAAUUUGUUUCAAAACAAUAUACAUUUUUGGUCCAUGUUUGUGUGAAAGCGCCCAAAAGAGGACACAAGAAUUAAGACAGUAUUUGAAAGUUUUAUUAAUAUUAUUAUUAUUUUUUUUUUUUUUUAAGAAAAAACUCUUCAUCAUCUCAUCUGUCCGGCGCUUUGCUGAUAGUCAAAAUCCUCCCCACUUGUAUGGCGUUCCUGCUCAACGGUAGCCAGCAAGACCAAUCUCUGAGUGAUUCUGUAAAUAACAAGGGCAUGCAACAAUGUUCUGUUUUGUUUCCGAAGAAAAUUAUUUAUUUACAUAUCAACAAAGAAAAAAAACAAGUUUUGAAUUAUAUCAACUGUACAAGUAUGUACUUUAGAACUGUGUAACUAUGAAUGUGUGAGUGAAUAUUCCAAUUCAAAUGUAAUGUAAUUCAACAAUGUAAUAAUAUAAAUUGUGCCAAAUGGGUCGGGGAGGGACUAGCUGACUAGUUUGUGGGUUAUUAUGUGGUUUCAUAUAAAGAGUUGAUAUGAAGAAUAGAACUGUUUUUAUUGCUUUUGAAUAUUUUCUAUAUGGUUGAUCCACUUUUACCAUUGUGAAAGCAAUACUAUGGUGCACAUCUGAGCGUUUUCUAAACUCUUUCAUCGUCUGGAGGACAACUCAGUACCGUGGCCGAGAUGACGUCUAUGUUUGUAUUGAUAUCUAUUUUAAAAAAAAAGUGGUCCUUUCUAGUCCAAAUUACUGAUAUUAACUGUGCUGUGUGAUAGACAACAUGACAUGUGCCAAUGAUUUCCUUAAGUGGUUAUUUAGACUGGGACUCUGGUGUAGUUUUUUUUGUCAUACUGUAGGUGGAACAGAAACCAGGAGAACUCCAUGUCCAAAGUCAGACGUGCUUGUUCUUCAGUCGACAACACUUGUGCCAGGAUGGAGGAGCGACUAGGUAGGAUGUGGGUAAUCGGGUUUUAGGCUUGGUUUUUAAUUUGCCGAGGGAGAAACGCUGGAGCUGCUUCAGCACUUCAGCGGCGUGUUAUCAGCCCCCCGUGGGUGCGUCUCGACAGUUGCGCUUGCCUCUGCAGAAAGAGGCAGAAUCAGCGCUCACAUCUUCGGCUGUCUUGUCCUGUACAUGCUCCCCGUCUUGAGAGAUCGGCAUGAAUUUGAGUCAUGUGACGUUACGCCGCGCACAGCUGCUGCUUGUAGUCCGUGUCGUGCUGGUGAUGGGAAAUAGAGCGUCUGUGACCUUGUGUGUUGUUGUCGAUCAUUGUGGCCAGUUUUCUGUCUUCGACUGAUGACCAUGUUUUGUGACACGUUCUCUUGACUUAUUAAGACGCACAGCAGAACACGUUGAAAUAGAUGAACCUCACUUGUUUGUCAUAUAUUUUUAUUUAUUUAUUUAUUCAUUUAAAUUAAAAAAAAUCAAGAUGCAUUUGUGACUAGUACCAAAAGUACCAUCAUUCAUUUAGUAUUUAUCUAAAAUUAAGUGUAUUACUAGAUGAGAUUUUUUAUUAACUCCAUCUCAUGCUACAUGAUGUUCACUGUUUAACUUUAUUUGCUGGUUCACAUCGACAUGUUCAUGUUAACAAACCUCAUAUGCUUCAAACAUAUUGGUCGUCACGACACGUUCAUGUCUAUUCAAUGCAACAGUUACUCAGUGGGGUAAAAUAACACUCAGAAACUGUUUAAAGUGAAUUGAAGCAAUUGAACUGACCUGGUGACUGCAAACUUUGGCUCGGUCGACCUUCAUCUGGUUUGAUUUUAAUGUUCUGUUGUAGGUUCCGGAGCGCUGACUAAGCGGAAUUAUAAAUUGUGUUUUAAAUAGAAAUGAGUGUGUUGAGGGUCCUACUACUUUAAAAGAGGUGUUAUAUAAGUACUUGGGUAUUUAUACAUGUUUUAAAAACAAUCAUAGUAAUACAUUUGUUUCAUGAAAUAUAUCAGAAUUUAAAUUCUAUUUUUGUGAUGAGUAUAUAGAUGCAGACGAUUGUCAUAGUGAGGGAAAUGUUUACAUCCUGGUCCAUGCCAGUCUCAUUGAACGCAGCCUGAUGGUUUCAUUGUCAAAUUUCUCUGCAGCACUGAGUCGGAUGAUCCGAACAGAAAGAAAGAAGUUAUUCCAACAUGACUCAUCUGCAUAUAAAUGAGCGGUGUUGUUGUUGUUGUUGUUGUUCCCCUCCAACUCUUGACUGGAGCAGUUUCCUGUGUGAGGUAAAAAAAAGAAUGAAACAAUGACGCGCUCUCACUUUUGUUAUAACUUCAAUUGACUUCCUGCGUAACGUCUAACUCGACUUGGUUUUGUGCUCAGCUCUUCCUCUCGGUGCUGGUCUCAUAACGUUCUACAUCAAGUGCUAUUUCUUCUGAAUCAUCUGUGGUGGAUAAAGGCAGAAAUAAACAUGCUGUGAAUUAAUGAUAAUAAAUCUUCCUCGGCUCCAGUUUCUAUUGAAUAUACAAUUUUGGUGUUUUGCUUUUCCUGAUGUUCAAAAGAGGUGAAUGUAAUUUGAUGCUGUCAAGAAGUGGAUUUUUUAUACUUUGGCCAUUUAUUUGAAUAUCUUUUCCAGUUUUUUUUUUUUUUUUCCACACAGUUUGAGAUUAUUCUGUAAUAUUUAUUUUGAAAUUACUUUUGAUGCUCACAUGAAGAGUACACCAAAUUAUCCAACCAAGAGUUUAAAAAGAGCAUCACAUCAAGCACCUGUCACGGACGAUUAAAAUUAAUAUUUGUUUUGCUUUUGUGAGAAAAUGAAAAAUAUUUUUCACUGCAUUAUUAAGUGUGUACAUUUACAAAAACAUAAAAAAAUAAAGAAAUGUGUUUUAUACUAGAGUAAAUGUAUUAUUUAAAAGAAAAAAAUCAUUUUGCAAAAGUGGGAUGUUUUCAUAAAUAUGAAAGCACCAAAGCUAUUACAAUUAUUAAUUCAUUUUGGGGCAAAUUUCAAAUCAAAAGGUGAUCAAAGGUGCGCAGAAACAGCCAAUAAGUCAUCGAGUACAAGAUGAACAUCAAGUCAGAUGCAGUUGUUUUGAAGUAACAACAGCGACGGUUGUAUUACUACAAGUUCAAUUCUAGAGUAGUGGAGAUGAAGUGCAGGCAGGGUGGCACAGGAGUGGAAGACUGGCAGGAUGCAGGAGGAAAUCACAAAAUGUAAAUAUCUGCAGAGUUUAACUCAUCUCUGCUCCAAAUAACGUCUGAGAUAUACGCCAUUCUUUUUAAAUAAAUGCACAACCAUGGCUCCAAGAUUACGGAGGACAGGAAUCCGAGGAUGCUAUUUAGGUUCAGCUGUCACCCGAACUCUGGCUUCAUGCUGCCUGAGAAUACAAAUAGGAUCAGUGCAGUGUAUGGAUGCACAAAGCAUUUUCAUGUGGAGAUGUUUGGUGCGAGCUGUAACAAGAGUGUCAACAGCAGCAGCAUUUGUCACGACCUGCUCCUGGUUCAGCUCCUCCGUCCCCUCUGUGACAAGCCUGACUCCCGAAUAGAUUUUUUUUUAUCUCAUCCAAGGAUCCAGAAAUGACACUGACUUCAGACUGUGACUCGGCAGAGCACGCCAGAGCUCAUUUGGCUGCGCUGACGUUUUCUAAUAUCCACAUUAAUGAAUCUUUCUCAGCUCGUUCCAAAUUGGCUGGUGAAGCUGUCUCUCUGGACUGAUUUGUGGUCAGUGGAAACACAACAACAAGCUGCGCGUGGGCAGCAGCCGAAUAUCUGUGAGGUGGGAUUGUUCAGCGUGUUGCUUGGGAAAAAAAAUAAAAAAAGAAAAGCUCAGAUUUGUUGAAGUUUGUGUGAUUAAGCCCUGGGAAAGUUGCUUAUGAUUCUCCCACCACUGGCCCACUUAGCUUCUACUUCUGUUCUCCACACAGUGUCAGAAGUGAGGGACUGACAAAAUGCAUAAAUAAGACAUGAGUCUGUGGGAACAAAUGAGACUGCAUCGGUGUGACAUGCAUCCAUUCUGUUCCGCACAUGUACAAUGUGGAAUAAAUGACGUUGGUACUGUGGUAUUUUCUAUCAUUUGGAUGUGACAUGUCUAGAAGUCGCCAGUCGGUUGGAGA